AUGGCACCCGGCAUCACAGCAGUGCCAACCCCGGCUCGCAUCCUUUUCCUUGACGCCUAUGACUCCUUCACCAACAACAUUGUCAAUCAUGCCCGCGAGAGCCUCGGAGCCGAUGUCACUGUUAUACACAUUGAUGAUGAGAGAUAUACCGGCACUGGUCAUGGCGACUUCUUGGAAUUCCUCUCUACAUUCGAUGCCGUCAUCGCCGGCCCUGGACCGGGAGACCCAUCAAUUGAACACGACGUUGGGCUUAUUGGAAAAUUAUGGAGCCUCGACGAGAAAGAUAUGCUACCUGUUCUUGGGGUCUGCUUAGGGUAUCAGAGUCUGGCAUUAGCUUUUGGAGCAACCAUCGAGCGACUGCCAGAGCCCCGGCACGGUGUCAUGACUACCGAAUUCCUGCAUGAUGAACGCUCCAUCUUCAAAGGCAUAGGUGAAGUCCAGGCAACUCAGUACCAUUCCCUGCGCGUCAAUAUCGGCCACUCGAUUCAGACCCAGAGCUCAGUCGCCUAUCCGAAGCAACUUUGGGAACCCGCGGAACAGUGUCCUGACCUGGAGCCUUUGGCGUGGGACUGGGAUGUGCCGCCGAACAAAGCAGUCCUCAUGGCAACCAGACACUUGCAUAAGCCAUUUUGGGGCGUUCAGUAUCAUCCGGAAUCAAUCUGCACCAACGAGGAGGGCGCGAGGGCGGUUGGUAACUGGUGGAGAGAGGCUCAGUGCUGGAUUGCAAAUAACAAGAUACUUCGACUGAAGCAAUUGAUUCGGAAUUCCAUGUGUGGCCUAGUCUGUAUACAUGAUCCGAAGAGUCAAGCAGUGGUUCUUGAAUCUGGACUGAAACCUGGACUCCAAACAUCAGAAGUUGGCACGGGUCGAUACAGUAUCGUCGGCGUCUUCGUCCCCGACGAAACAAUCCGGUUGAGUUACUCAGUCUACAGCAAAACCUUGUAUUGGAAGACAGGCCAAGGGAAGACCUAUUAUCAUCACCGUGUCGAAGAUAUUUGGGAGUACCUCAGAGAGCUAAUGGACGAUUUGAGACCGAUCAAAGAGCCUGCUGGACCUCGUUUUGCCCCUUUCUGGGGCGGCCUUAUGGGCUAUGCAUCAUACGAAGCUGGCCUCGAUACGAUAGGCGUCAAGCCAUCGCCACGCCAAAACACAAACCCCGACCUCCAAUUUGCUUUCAUCACACGCAGCAUUGUCAUCGAUCACGCCAUAAAGAAGGUAUACGUCCAGAGCAUCCGCUCGGCUGACGACAUGCGCUGGGUUGUCGACACUCAAGAGACUCUCUUCAACAUGUUCGUCGCCCCCAAUCGUAUCAGGCCCCUAUCAGAGUCAUACCCUCCACUGCCCAAACCUCAGCUCUAUGCUUUGGGACUGCACUCCAUAGUGUCAGAUAUUCGUAAGCUCUAUCCACCUGACGUUCAGGCCAAGCACCUUCACCACCUUCUACUUCGAGAAAAGAUCAAAGACGGGCUGUGCUCUCCGCCACCGCGCAAAGGAUAUGAAUCAAUGGUCGAAAGUUGCCAGGAAAAGAUCGCAGCGGGUAACUCAUACGAGCUGUGUCUAACCCAACAGACGACUUUUUUGCUCCCGCCUACCGACCUUAAAGACUGGAAAAGCCACGGCAAUCCAAUGAUGGCACCGGGAAAUGUCCCUUGGACGCUCUUCCGUAACAUCAUGGACCGCAACCCAGCGCCCUUCGGGGCCUACAUCCGCUUCAACAACUGCGACAUGGGCAGCGGCGUGAGCAUCGUGAGCAGCAGCCCGGAGCGCUUCAUGUCCUGGGACCGCAAAGGGCGCACGCAAUGCCGGCCCAUUAAGGGCACCGUACGGAAAGGGCCGAACGUCACCCGCGCCCACGCCGACGAGAUCCUACAGUCUUCCAAAGAGCGCGCCGAAAAUCUAAUGAUAGUCGACCUCACGCGUCAUCAGAUGCACGGCGUGUUCGGCGCCAACGUCACCGUCCCGCAUCUUAUGGAGGUAGAAGAGUACGAAACGGUGUAUCAGUUGGUAUCUGUUGUCGAAGGCGUGCCUCCCGGCGUCGACCACGCCCGCACCCCGGAGGACUGGGAGGAGCCGCCGGACUACGUGUCGGUCAAAACAAGGGCUAAUACCGGUGCGUAUGGUAUCCGCGCCCUGGCUGCCUCCUUACCACCGGGGUCGAUGACGGGGGCCCCGAAGAAGCGGUCUUGUGAGCUGUUGAAGGAGAUCGAGGAAGAUGAGCCCCGUGGGGUGUACGCUGGGGUGCUGGGCUACCUAGACGUAGGCGGCGGAGGAGACUUUUCGGUGGUCAUUCGCACCGCAGUAUGCUGGGAGGAGGAGAGAGUGGAAAGAGAGGGCAAAGAGGCCCGGGAGGUGUGGAGGAUUGGUGCGGGGGGUGCCGUCACCUCGCAGAGUACUCCUUCAGGAGAGUAUGACGAGAUGUUCGUCAAACUUGGGGCCACACUGGGGGCGUUCGCGGCAGAUCCUGGCCACCCUGCGUACCCCAUGGAGUAG